AGUGGGGGAGGGGGAAGAGGAAAGGGAAAGAGAGAGAGAGUGCACGAGUGCAAAGCUUAAAAAUAGCAGCGUGCAAAAUAAAUAAGGGCAAGCACUAAAUAAAAGGAGAGGAAGAUUUUUCUUUUUAAAUAAUGCAUGCAAUUAAAUGAAUAACGAAACAGGAGCAAGCUAGCAGGAGGAGAGGAAGAAUUCUUUUAAAAAAUAUAUGCAUGCAAUUCAGUAAAUAAGGAAACAGGAGCAAGCAAGCAAAGAGGAGAGGAAGGAAUUUUUUUAAAAAAUAUAUGCAUGCAAUUAAUUAAAUAAAAAAGGAAACAGGAGCGAGCAAGCAAAGAGGAGAGGAAAGGAAAAAUUAAAAAAAUACGCAUGCAAUCAAAUAAAUAAGGAAACAGGAGCAAGCGAGCACAGAGGAGGCAUCCAGAGGCCAUGGCGACGCCUGGAGGAGCGUCGGCCGUCGGGGGUUCUCGCCCCGACGAGCAGCCCUCGGCGCCCCCCGGAGCCCCCCAGGCCGCGGCCCCGGCGGGAGAGCAGCAGGCGCCGCCUCCGCCCCAGCAGCAGCCCUCGCCGGCCGAGCAGAAGUUCCAGUCUCCCGCCGGGCAGGCGCCUCCGCCCCCGGGCCAGCAGCAGCAGCAGGGACCCCCGCCGGCGCCCGGCGCCCACCCGGGCCAGGAGGACUACUCUUUCCUCCCCCUGGUGCACGACAUCAUCAAAUGGUAAAUGGCCCCCGAGGGAGGCGGGUGGGUCGAGGGUGGAGAGCCUCCAGGGACAGGGGCAGUCUACCGCUGAAGGGGGGCAGUGGGGAACAAUUUUCGGGAAACAAUUCACCGGCGCUGGUUAUGGCCUUAGAAAGCGCUUAGGUCCAGGCUACCCGAAAUAGACUGCACCAACCUGCCCCGGGCUCUUGAGUCCCUUUCUGGAGAGGCCGUUUCUCCUGCCAGCCUCAUGGGCACUCUUGGUAGGGUUGAGGGACGGGGCCUCCUCAGUGGUGGCCUCCCCCAGGCAACUUUGGAACUCCCUGCCUCAAGAAGGUAGGCUGGCUCCUUCCCAUGGGCAGGUGAAGAUUGUCUUAUUUCGACAGGCCUUUGGACUGCUUUUAAGGAAAGAGCUGGAGCAGUGCUGUUUGUAUUGUAAUUGCUUGUAGGGGUGUAUGGGGCAUUAGGGGGAGAGGUCGUUCCUCUGGUGGGGGACACGCUGUGCUCCUUCUGGGGUAGUUUGCCCACCUUUAGUUCCCCACCUUGCACUUGGCUCUCACCUGUGGCUCCUAGAAGCUUUCAGUCAUUAUAUUAUUAUAUUAUAACAGCGGCCACAACCCGAGAAUGGCUUCGGUUGGCUGGCUAAACCAGGUGAGGUGAGGGGAUUAAGGACUCCUCCAGCAUGUGAAGACUCAUAGAAUCAGAGACUUGUGCAGUUGGAAGGGACCACGAAAGGCCCUCUAUUCCAACCCCAGCAAUGCAGGAAUCUUUUGCCCAAUGUGGGGCUCAGACCCACGGCCCUGAGAUUGAGAGUCUCAUGCUCUGCCGAAUGAGCUCUGGGUGAAACCAAGAGUGGAACCAAUGGUCAAGGAGGCGGUUUCUGCACAUGCUAUAGAGCAGCUUUUCUCAACCUGUGGGUCCCCAGAUGUUGUUGAACUACAACUCCCAUCACCCCUAGCUAGCAAGGCCACAGAGCUCAGGGAUGAUGGGAGUUGUAGUCCAGCAACAUCUGGGGACCCACAGGUUGAGAACCGCUGCUGUAGAGAGAAGAGAGGGAUGGAUGGAGCUUAUCCACAUCUGAAGGCAGAAACUCUGAUCCAAAAUCUCCGCUGCCUUGUGGGGUAUCUUCGGGGGAAGAAAAGCCUAAGGAAUAAACCCUACACAAAUCUGGAUUGGAGUCCCUAAGACGGUUGGAUGGCACCUUGUACGCCUCCUUCCAGCAACUUCUGCAGCCAAACUGGUGCCAAACGUCUUGCUCUGCUUUCCUUUGGACCGCAUCAGCGAGGCCGAGAACGGGGUAUUUUGCUUGGGCAGCCCAGGACCCCAUAUACCCUGCCCAGGCUUGCACCACAGAGAGAAUAUUAGAAUCAUAAAAUUGUAGCGUCAGAAGAGAACCCAAGGAUCGUCUACUCCAGGCAUAGGCAAACUCGGCCCUCCAGAUGUUUUUUUGGAACUACAACUCCCAUCAUCCCUGAACCCUGGUCCUGUUAACUAGGGAUGAUGGGGAGCUGUAGUCCCAAAAUGUCUGAAGGGCCGAGUUUGCCUCUGCCUGGUCUACUCCAACCUGCAAUUCAGGAAUCCUGCUCACAGCUGUCCCUGGGUGGGUUUGAAUCAACCUUAUGGUUAAGAGCCAGACACACUGACCCAUGGGGGUAUGUAAAGGGGUUCGGGGUUCACCUCUUCCCUAUUUUAUCCUUGCAAUGGCCCUAUGAGGCAGAGAGAGUGUGACUGGCCCGAGGUCACUCAGUGAGUCUGGUGGCUGAGCAGAGAUUUGGAAUCAGAGAAUUGUAAGGAUUGUAAAGUUGGAAGGGACUCCGAGAGUCCUCUAUAACAACAACAACAACAACAAGAAUUUAUUACUUAUACCCUGCCCAUCUGGCUGGGUUUCCCCAGCCACUCUGGGUGGCUCCCAACAGAAUAUUAAAAACACGAUUAAACAUUAAAAACUUCCCUAAACAGGGAUGCCUUCAGUUGUCUUCUUAAAGUCAAGAUAGUUUUAUCUCCUUGACAUCUGGUAGGAGGGCCUUCCACAGGGCAGGUGCCACCACCAAGAAGGCCCUCUGCCUGGUUCCCUGCACCUUCACUUCUCGCAACGAGGGAACCGCCAAAAGGCCCUCGGAGCUGGACCUCAGUGUCCGGGCUGGAUGAUGGGGGUGGAGACGCUCCUUCAGGUAUACAGGACCGAGGCCGUUUGGGGCUCUAAAGGUCUUUAAACAUUUUUUAAAGUAGCUACAAAGAAGGUCAUGAACGUUUCCGAGAAUUAAAGGCCUCUGUGUUCUGCAUGCUGUCCCGGGAACAUUGUGGCUCACGAUGCUUCCGUGGGCGCCUGCUUCCUCCCAAUUCCCUGUCGAAUUCCCAUUCCUGAACCCGUGGCGCCCUGCUACCAUAAAUGGCAUGCGAACGUCAUCUUAGCUGCUCUCUUCCUCUCUCUCCCUUCAGCAUGGAUAAAGACAGCCAAGACGUCCACCAGGUUUUGAACGAGCUGAGGACCAAAUUCGUGGAGGUGCGGAAGGUGGUCCAGACUAUGCAAGGGAUCUCUGUGAGUCCUGAGCAGCAACAGCUGCAGCUUCAAAGCCUCCGGGAGCAAGUCAAGACCAAGAGCGAAUUGCUGCAGAAGUACAAAAGCCUCUGCAUGUUUGAGAUCCCCAAGGAUUAGGCAGGAAGAGACCCGAGGCUCUGCAAAGAGACUCCGCUAGUUCUGGAAGCGGUCCGAGGGAAUUGCAGUGCAAAGGGAAACACAAUUUUCUUGCAGCAGCUCAUAAGCUGUAACACACCGUCCUGGUGCACAUUGGUGUUUUGGUUUAGAGGCCCAGUUUCAGCAGAACGGGGAAUGUGCCUUUUGCAUUUUGCAGGCGGGUGGGAGUUGCACAUUUUGUAUGCUCCUCAGUCUUAAAAAUAACUAAAACUAAAAAACAAAACAAAACCCUGCACAUGGAAAACUAGAAUGUCAGGGAGAAAGAUUCCCUGACAUGCUGCUUUUCCAGAAGCAGGGAGCUGGUGCUUUGUUUGCUUUUCUUCUUCUUCAGUGGAUGUACAUUCAAUACAAGCAACACCUUUCCACUAGUAGCUUCCUCCACCCGUUGUUUGAAAUGUAUAAACUGGGUCCAAGAGGAUGCUAGGGCAGGCUGUUAGUAUUUCCCUUCAUCACCCAGUACCUAAGAAGGCAAUUACCUGCUUGCUUUCGCUGAGGACAUCAGGAAGCAGCAGGAGAGAAAUCAGGAGACGGACAAAAUGACAAAAGCAUGACUCCUUUAGUAUUCCUGGAGACUUAAGAGCGGGUGAAGUCUGCUCCUGUUUCUGGGGAAGGAAACAGGUUGGCAGGGCAGCCUCAGUUUACAAAUUUGUGUAUAUUUGUUUAUAGAUUCUUUUUGGUGGGUUAAGCCUUCUUUAGAAAAAUGAUACUUUUAAUAAUUUGCUUAUAUGUCUGUUUUUUGGGGGAAACCCUGAAAAAUAAAUCUGGGACUGUGCCGCAGACACUGCCUCUUAGCUAAGUCAACCUGUAACUAGAUUCCUUGCAUGGAAUAAUUAUAUUAUUUGUGUAGUUCUUCCCGGUUUGCUCGUGCAAUUGUUCGUUUGUUUAAGAAGCUGAUCGUCGCAUUUGGUGCAGCAAUAAUCCAGUGACAGUCAUGGGAGAUUCCAUUGCAGAACUAUUCUGACUUCUAAAACCUCGCUGGCUUGCUGUGCCAGCAGAAAGUCUGUAGCCUUUCCCCCAAUCGGGAGAGGUAUUGCUUGUCUGUUUUCUGUCUGUCUUACUUGCUAAAUUUAUAUGGCAAAUGCACAAGCAACCAAACAUUUAAAAACAAUUCCAAUACAGAUGCAAACUGAACGAUUGGCGUAUGUUUUCUCAGAAUCGUAGACGGGGACCCCGAGGGUCAUCUAGUCCAACCCCCUGCGA